GUGAACCUCGCGACUGAAACACACACUGGCCCUCUCCCUCAGUCAUGCAGCCUGGCCCACUUCCUGUCACCCUCCGCUAACAGGACCGAGGUCCGGUCCGGCUUUCCAAGUGAGGAUGAAGGUAAAGAGGGACGCUGAAGGAGGAUCCGGGCUCGACGCUGCCGUUCGGCGUCUCAUAGAUGCGCGCGAGGAGAGAUUCGCAUGAGACUCGGCGGGGGUCGAGCGGAGCGGUCGGUCCCGUUCAGCGGCUCAGGAUGAGGAAACCCCGAGUGAGCCGGACGCUCUUCGUCCUGUGUCUGGGCUCUUUCAUCAUGGUCAUCUUCUACUUCAACAUCAGCCCCAAACCAGCUUUGGAGCCUAUGGAACACAGCAGUGGACAGAAGUCGAGGAGGAGCCCACUCCAGAUGCUCUACGAUGGAGACCAGGUGGAGUCGACGGUCCAGGCCAUCCAUCAAGGUCGUCGCGAGCUGUUGGAGGAAGCCUGUCGCACCUACACCCGCAAACGCAGAGUCCUCAUUCCCGACGACCUGAAGCACGUCAUGGUGGACGACCAGCACGGGCUGCUCUACUGCUACGUCCCCAAAGUGGCCUGCACCAACUGGAAGAGAGUCCUGAUGGUACUGACUGGUGUCAACGGAUCUUACAAGGACCCGCUCUCCAUUCCUGCCCACGAGGCCCACAUCCCCGGCAACCUUCGGACCUUGUCGGAGUACUCCAUCAGCCAGAUCAACCAGCGCUUGCGUUCAUAUCUUAAGUUCAUUUUUGUGCGCGAGCCCUUCGAGCGACUGGUGUCUGCCUACAGAAACAAAUUCACCCGAAAUUACAACACGGCUUUCCAUAAACGCUACGGAACUAAGAUCGUGCAGAGGCACCGCCAGGAUCCCAAGCCGGAAGCCUUGGAGAAGGGAGACGAUGUCUCAUUUGAGGAGUUUGUUUACUACCUGGUGGACCCGGCCACGCAGCGGGAGGAGCCUUUCAAUGAGCACUGGGAGAGGGUGCACUCGCUGUGCCACCCGUGCCUCAUCCACUACGACGUGGUCGGGAAGUAUGAGACGCUGGAGCAGGACUCCCGCUACGUGCUGCGCCUGGCCCAAGUGGAAGACCUGGUCAGCUUCCCGACCUCAUCCAAAACCACCAGGACUACCGGGGACAUGACGGCCCAGUUCUUCACCAACGUCAGCCCCUUCUACCAGAAGAAGUUGUACAACCUGUACCGCAUGGACUUUCUGCUCUUCAACUACUCCAUGCCGGAGUAUCUCAAGUUUAGCUGAGGCCAGACGUCCGUGGACUUGAUGCUUGACAAUAUAUGUAGUAGUUUCAGGUAAAGAAGGCGAAACUUAAUGUGAAGACUUGAGAGUUUUCGCUCUUUGAAUCAUUUUUCUGUGAAUGUUUCAUUUUAUUUCCAGUUAUAUUUAAUUAUGUCAGUUAAAUUUGCACAUGAAAUCCGUAACUCAGAAGCACAACGAACGUUUUCCAAGUCACUGAAUGUCUCACGCGCCUUUUGAUUGACAGCCCUCUUUGAUUUCAAACGGUGUGUGUUGGUUGUUUUUCCUGGAUAAUUUAUUUUUCUCCUUUUCAUGGUUAAUUUCUUCUCAUGAAAAUGCCUCAUAUGACCUGUACCCCUUUUGAUUAGUCCAUAAAUUAAGUUUCCAUAAAAUGCUAUUGCUCAUCAUUUGCAAAAAAACAUUUUUUUUCUCUUCCAACAGCGCAUUCAUUGACCUACAUGUUGUACAUCAGGAGGCAGAAGCCCAAACAUCUGGAGUCACUUAGAACAAAAAAAGGCAAAAACACUGCCAGAAGUGCAUGAGCUUUCAGAUUCAUGUAGUUUUCCACCAAUGCCUCAAAUGGCAACAGAGAAUCGCAGCAGUAUUUAUGGGUAAAUGCUAGUGAUGGGCUGACGAGGCUUCAUGAAACGGUGUCCUUAUUUUCAGUGCUCAGUAGGUGGCGCUAUCAGUUUAAAAAGUAU